AGGAGGGGCCGGAUCGUGCGUACGAAGAUUGCGUGAAAUAGAAAGGACCGGUGGUCAAAAGUACUGCGUCGAGAAUCGCGGGAUCCUGAACCGUGAUUGGUCGUUGCUCGGCGUGGGAUCUUGCAGUCACCCUUAUAGAUCGCCGGAUGGACGAUCGGUUCUGCAGUUCGUUGAUCGCAAACAUCGUUCGUAGACCAUCGCCGAGAAUUCGCGACAAUGAUUGGAAGAAUCUUUGUGUUCGGUGUUGUUUGUCUCGUUGCAUCCGAGGGGGCUAACGUCUCGAGAGUGAAGCGACAAGAUGGCCACGUGAUAGACAACAUCUUCAACAUCCCGAUCACGGCGAUCAGGCAAACCGCUGCUGCGGCUCAGUCGUUCAUCCCUGCAAAUUCUCCGGUCAUCGACAGCGUCUUACAGAUUCCUAUAUCGACUCUCGAGGCGGUUGGAAAUCUCGUGAAAUCAACGUCUGGACAAAAGGCACAGAAUCCCAUGGAACUCCAGAAGGUGCGACAAGAGAGAAGGGACAAAAUGUUAGCCCAAAGGGAAAAGCAAAGAUUGCAAAGGGAGCAAAUUCAACAGGAACGUUUGAAACAGCAACACACGAAGAGGACGAUCAUGGUUCAUAACAAAGAUCCGUUCGGGCUCAACGCCUGGUCUAAUCUUCUGGUUGGUAAUCACGGUUUGUUAGGUGGUUAUGGUGGUCAUGGUGGUCAUGGUGGUCAUGGUGGGCAUGGAAAUCAGGGCAACCAAGGAGGCCACGGUGGAGUAACAGGCCCUAAUCAGAACACUUACGAGGUCUAUGAAAAUGUGGAAGAAGACAAUAACUAUGCUUGGCACGGGAUCACUGCCGGAUUCGGGACAGUUUAUGGUUCCAGACCGAGCAGCACAUUCGCGAUACAGAACAAGAUCGCCCCGAAGGAGGGCGAGCCAAACAAAUACGCCUACGACGACUCGCGAAUACAGAAUAAAAUCGCUCCGACCACGAACUCUAAGGACAGGUUCAGAUUCGAGGAGGAUCCCCCAUUGCAGAACAAAAUUGCACCCAAAAGCAACAGAAUAACUUUCCAGUCUUGA